AUGGACGUUGCGUCCACCGACUACCUAAAGACUGCACUGUAUUCGGGAGACAACGGCCCGGACACGGGUAACCGAGACAGCCUCCGACUAAUGGAGCUUGGGCUCCAUCUGGAGACCCUUCACGACGGAUCGCAUCGGAUCAACACUUCGGUGGAUCACCUGCUGAACGACCCGUCCCUGUCAGAGAGGAACAACAACGAAUUCACGUUCGCCAACAACAACAAUAACAACAGCAACAACAACAACAACAACAGCUUCGAGACGAUCAUUAGUGGCGACCACGGCUUCGACUUGGACUGCACGCCCAGCUCGUUCAACGACAAGUCGGACAUAGUAGACCAAUGGCGGACGUUAAACACGGACGGUGCCAUCUACACGGUGGAGGUGGUCAACAACUCGGAUGGCGGCGUCGGCGAACCACUGUGGUGCAUGCCCGCGCUAACCGAACACCACCAGGACUCCAACGCGGUGAGCAACUUCGACGAGUCGCUGUUGUCCAUGAACGGCGCCGAAUCCACGGACCCGGUGGGCUCUGGAAGGUACAUCAAAUCGGAACCUUUGGGGGAGUACAUCAAACAGGAACCGUUGACGGAGUACAUCAAACAGGAACCGCUGCAGGAGUACAUCAAACAGGAAUCUGUCGAGUAUACGGGCGAUGAGCUUCUUCGGAACGCGUUGCUGGGCAAAACCAAUCAUAACCACCACCAGAGGUACGGCGACAAGGACGCCAAGCCAUCGGUGUCGACCGCAUCGGACAGCCAAAACUCGUCGCCGGGACCGCAGUCGAUGCAAGAUGUCUCGUCGUACCCGUCGACGUCCACCGUGGAUAUGCAAGACGUGCUGGCGACGAACAGCAACUGCAGCAACGGCAUCAACGGCAACACGAUCGUCAUGAUCGACGACGAUAUGCCUUCGAUGUCGCUGCUGGUGGCCGGUGACGGGGCCUCCGCGCAGAACGUCGAUGAUCUCCUCUUGCCAGACUUUGACUUCCAAUACAUCGAUGGCCUGGACAGCGACAUGUCUCAGUCGUUCCAGCAGUACUGCCCCACUAGUCAAGGGUUCGUGUCCUUCAUCGCCGCUGAGGUGGCGAACAUAUCGCAAAUCCCGGCAACGGUGGUGCUGGACCACCGGGAACUGGAACAGGUGUCCACGUCGUCUUCAUCGUCACCACCCGUCCGACCGGCUAAGAAGUACAACCGUCGAUCACACCACGCCAACGGCAAGACGAAACAGUCGGCCGGCGGCGGCACCGGGACGUCUAUCGCCGGUUCCGGUGGCGGUGUGGGUGGCGGCGGCGGCGGACCUGCUUCGGCGUCGGGUGACGACCAGCCAGCAGGGCACCCACCGGCCAAGAAAGAACGGUCGCUGCACCAUUGUCACAUAUGCAGCAAAGGCUUCAAGGACAAGUACUCGGUGAACGUGCACAUACGCACCCACACCGGCGAAAAGCCGUUCAUGUGCACCGUGUGCGGCAAGAGCUUCCGGCAAAAGGCUCACCUCGCCAAGCACCAGCACACGCACACCACGCCCGCCAAACCGGCGCAAUCGCUGUCGUCCGUCACGCAAUCAGUCAAAGGCGGCAGCGGCGGUGGCGGAGGUGGCAGGAGGUCCACGUCCAGAUAG